AUGCAUGGACAUCGCCAAAGUGGCAAGUCAACGGUGAUAUAUGCAGUACAACGAUAUCUCCACACCUUGACAGUGGACAUGGCUGGCUCCAGACUGACCACACCUGAUGCCUACAUCAUUUCAUUCAAUGCUGGGAUUGAUAUUGAUAACGGAGUCGAUGCAUUCUGGAUGUCCAUAUGCAAAAAACUGCGUGUCUUGAAUCCGACCUUGUUCACCUUUGACGAACAAUUGUGUGUAACUUCGCACACGUUUGAGAGUUUCUUUCUGCGGCAGAGUUCAUCACGGCCAAUGAUUCUCUUUAUUGACGAGGCCUCAUAUCUCGUGGGCAAAGAUCUUGAAAUCAUUAAUAGUCUGCUGGACACGUUACGUUUGCUCAAAGGCGACAGGAAUAAUCGUUGCCUGCAUGCUAUCGCACUCAUAGGCAUCGAGACUAUCAAGUGGCUUCUCCAAAGACCUGGUUCUCUCUCACCGUUCACAGCGGAAACAGUCAUCACACCUGAACAAUUCAAUGCAGAAGACAUCGUAAAUCUCUUAGAUCAAUACUCUAAACAAGAAUGUGUUGAGUUUGAUUCUGUCGCCAUCGCUGAAGACAUUUUUGAGUGUACCCUCAGCCAUAAAGGUCUUGUUGGCACCUGCUGUCGAGUGCUUGUGAAAAGGGAUGCCAAUCUGGAAGAGAUCCUUGCAGAAGGAAUACUUAUCAGAAACUCAAUGUUGCCAGCAGAGAUGGAUGUCAAAUGUGCUGCACCUAUAUACUAUACUCUGCAGUCUAAUGAUCAUAACUUGGCACCCCAACACAUAUUCGCAUUACAAACCACCAACUCUGAUGGCCAUCUGUCAGAGUACGCAUUUCAAUUCGAAUUUGCAGCCAUUAUAAAACAUUUGUUAUCCCCAACCUAUGCAGACUUAUUGUACCAUGUUCUACCUGAACUGCCUCCAUAUGGUUUUGAACUCCUCGUGCAAGGGGACGAAGCGAAAAUUGAUGAACAUUUGAAAAAGUCGGACUACUAUUGCAUGCUACACAAAUGCUGUGCUGUUUAUAUGGUAAAUCUAACAGACAAUGCGAAUGCCAACUAUUACAGGAGUACGACCUAUAAAAACGUGAUCCCUCUUCAUGUGAUCUAUGACAAAGGUAAAGGGACCACGCUUAUCAAAUACAAGGACCACCAAGAACAGGUGUCUUUCUGUGGUUCAUCUUGGAACAUAGUGUUCAAGCAAGCGUCUGUGGAGAUAGAUUGA